GUUUCAUUCUCACAGUUGAAGGUGUUGACACAUCGGAGGAAGCAUCUGGUGAGUUGUCUGCAAAGCUCAAAGCAGAAGGCAUGGCCAGGAAAGGGAAAGGCAGGGCAAUGGGGAUCUGCAUCUCGCAGGGUUUCCUUGUAUUUCUCUUCAGUGGAGUCUUGCUGUUGGAAUGUGCUGGGAAGGAGCCGAUGCCACAAGGUGCUGCUGAAGACGUGAAGGAACCAAUCAUUUUGGAGAAUGUGGCAGCCACAGAUGCAUUCAUCAAGACAGCAGAACUGGUUGUUAUUGGAUUCUUCCAGGAUUCACAGCUCCCAGAAGCUUCUGAAUUUCUCACCAUGGUUCAAAAUGUGCAAGAUGUACUGUUUGGAUUCUGCAACAGUUCCAAUGUUCUUUCUCAUUAUAACAUCACAGUUAGCACAGUUUCCCUCUUCCGCAUGGUGGACAACAAAAGGCAAGAUUUGGAAAUCAGAGAGAGCAAAGAAAUUGACGCCACAAAGCUGGGACACUUCGUUCGGAUCAAUGAACUGCGCUGGGUGACUGAGUACAAUCCUCUGACUGCAAUCGGCCUCUUCAACAGCACGGUUCAAACCCACCUUCUCUUGUUCACUGACAAAUCAUCGCCAAAUCAUACAGAGAGGAUGGACAAGUACCAUGAAGCAGCCCGCUUGUUUCAGGGAAAGAUUCUUUUUAUCUUGGUGGACUGCCAUGCAAAGGGCAAUGAUCGAGUUAUGUCUUAUUUCCACUUGAAGAAGUCCCAGCUGCCUGCAGUGGCACUGUACCAUACUCCAGAUGAGGAGCAGGAUGUGCUGCCACUGGGCGAAGUCACCCUGGAGGCUGUGAAGGAUUUCUGUAAUAGUUUCUUACAGAGGAAGCAGGGGAAAGACAAUCUUGAAUUAGAAGAUAAGAUCUUCAAACAGGAGCUCUGACUCCUUUACAAUUCUGCAACAACCCUGAUCCAUUAUAGUUGCUUUGAUGGAAAAUAAUCUGACCCAACAAACCCAAGAUACUGAGAAAUAUACCAAACCAUACUGAGUUUGACAAUACUCAGACAUGUUUGUUUCUAUACCCAAUUAUGACCUCAUUUCCAUUUAACCAGCCCCAUCAGUAAACAGGGCUUCACUGUAGGUUGUGGGCUAGUGGGAUGUGGCAAUGUUACUGGGUAGGCUGGAGUGAAAUGGGAAGUGUUGUCUCUUGUGUUAUUGGGCAGUGGGCAUGUUUAAGCAAUCAAUGUAUCAGGUACCUAGUGGUGCUAUUCUAAACAGAGUUAUACAGAAGGGUGUAACUUUAAUUAGAAUGGCACUGAUAGUAACUACAUUCAUGUUGCAUUAAUAUUGUGUGAGCUAGUAUCUCAAUAAAGUUCUACUUUCAGCAGUUA